AUGCAGCAUAAAAUGGCUGCUCCGAUCCGUCUCACGGUCGGCUGUGUUGUGGCCAUGCUCGCUGUGGCCGCCUGCGCCGCCUCCCCAUCUUUGUUUCGCCAUCUGGUGCCUCUCCCGUCGAACGAUCCGCUGCGACCACAAUAUCCCCACUUUCUCCCUGACGGCACUGUCGUCUUCUCUGCUGCCCCAGCGUCCGGUGGCGGCUCGGAAGUCUAUCGAGUCAACAAGGAUGGCUCCGGCGUCACAUGCCUAAGCUGGGGCGUAUCGCCAAGCGCGACUGCCAACCUCAGCAAGCCGUUCGCCUUUACUGACGGCUCGAGGCGUUUUCUUGUGCGAGUUGGAAGUCAGUCCACAGACCAGGGCGGCGGCAGUACGGUUUUGGAGGUUUCAGGUCUUACUGAACAGCGGGAGAUGCGCAUCGCGCUUGGCGGCCAACAUGCCGGGUUUACCCAGGUCGUACUUGGCUCAAACAAUAUUGCCCAAUACAUCUCUAUCAUCGGCGGACUGCAUCGCGCCACCAACGCUACUGGGCAACCCGAAUACCUCUUUGAAGAUGCACGUGUCAUAGCCAGUGAUGCUGAAAUGAAACGGUUUACCGCCGAUGGGGAAAGGGCAAUUGUUGCCUCAUUCAACGGCGUAUUUGACCAAGGAAAUGCGGAUGGAUUGGUUGUCGUUGUCGACCUAGGCACCGGAAAUGCGACUCGACUUACGGCCAACCCCGACUACGACGAGGAUAUAUGUGACUCACCCAACGGUCAAUGGCUGAUCAGGCGCCCAAGCUACGUGCCGGGGUUCGUCGUUGGCCCAGUGUUCUCGAUGAAAAAGGGCACGACUAACCAGCCAUGGGUGAACUCGCGUGCGGACGAGAUCGGCGGCAAGGACGGGUUUCCAUUAUGGGUGGCGGGCGACGGUUGGACCUCUUUGCCAGUAGCCAACUGGACCAUGAUGGAUCGGCCGUUACCCUUUGGGAGAGCGACUCAGGACUAG